ACCCUUUGUUCCCCCCUUCUUUAAAAGUGCUGUGUCUGCGGGUGCCUCCCUCAUAUCGUCUGAGGCCUGGCUGUAAGGAUGGACUGUGCACUGCUGCUGUUGCUGUCCCUGUGGGCUCUGGCUGGAUUGGUGUCCCUGCAGACUCCAGGUGUCACCACAGGAUCUUGUGCACCCAGACUCCUGGUAGAUGAGAAGAGGAAGGCGUGUCCCCGGCCCUGCAAGACUGACAGAGACUGUGGAAACAAGAGGCAGUGCCUGUGUGACGGCCAGUGUGGUCUCAGCUGUGUGGUUCCAGGUCGGACUUGUCCCUGGCCUCUGCCCCCCAGUGAAAACUCAGAAGCUCGCCUCCUCCAUCCCACAAGCUCCUUCGAUGCUCUCCUUGAAGUGCGCUGCAAGCCGGGAUUCAAACUCCCAAACGGCUUGGAUGCCACUAUGAGACGUUGUCAAGGUGACCGACAGUGGAGCGGGGAUGUGCCCGUCUGCACAGAGUCACUCAUACCCACGGCUUCUCAAACCUGCCCUCUGCCUGAGGAAAUCACCAACACCUUCAGCAUCCAGGGCAACGCUACAGUUGGAACAUCCAUCCGCUACAGCUGCCUGUCUGGGGCCGAUAUAGUCGGGAGCAGUGAAAAUUACUGCCAGGAUAAUCAGACCUGGCAGUAUCCUCAUCCCAUCUGUAAGGAGGUGUACUGCCUGCCUCCUCGAGAAGUGGAGCAGGGCUACGUGGUGGCUGUCCAGAAGACUGAGUAUGAAGUGGGCUUCGACAUCCAUUACCUAUGCAAAAAGAACUUCCUGAUGGAUGGACCCCAGAAGGUCACAUGCCUGUCCAACGGCAGCUGGAGUGCAUCGCCCCCACACUGCAGAGCUCGCUGUCUGAUCCCUGCUGAGCGGAGCCGUGUUGUGGUUGGUGGAGUGAAGCGCUGGCCGUUUGAUGUUACGGACGCCAUGGUUCCUCAUGGGGAAAACGUGACAUUCUACUGCAAACAUCCUCGUAAGCAGUGCAGCCUCACUGCAACCAACACCUGCUCUGAUGGAGAGAUGCAGCCACCAACCUGCUACCUCGAGCCGACAUGGUUGCAGUACAAACUCUUCCCCCACCGGCUGGUCUCGGAGAUUGAAGCGUGCGAGCCUGGUGAUGUGGAGUGAUGACCCUCACGUCUGACCUCAACCAGCCAACACUCAUGGUGUGACCAUGAGACACAUGACAUGGUGUCACAAUAGAGCCCUCCACCUGACUCAUACCGGCACCCUUCAUCUUGGGCAGUCCGUCUCCACUCUGCAGCUUUCCUUCGACUAUCUUUACUAUGAUUAUGGUCUGUUAGACACUGAAAUAUUAUUCACAGCUCUUGUGGUUCAGGAUCAUGGCCUUUGUCACUUUAUCCUGCAUGCUAUCAAACUGCAGGCGUAAUUAUAACUGCAAAAGUAUUACUUAGAUCUUUCUCAUGCUUGAGACUAUGCAUACUGUGGCUGCAAUCCACGGGCCUAAAUUCUGAUGAAUAUACAAUGUAUUACUACUUCAGUUAAAGCCUGUGAUGAUACCUUCAUGUAACCUUACUCAUAAUAACGACUCUGUGAUAUCUCACUGUGUGAUCUUUCUUUCCUCCGUUAAACGUGACGCAUCGAGUCUCCAGGCUUGUAAGUGUUAAUGAUUUGAAAUAAAGUUAUGUCAAAACGGC